CGCGCCGUCGUCUACUUCGUGGCCAUGAUGUACAUGUUCCUGGGGGUGUCCAUCAUCGCCGACCGCUUCAUGGCGUCCAUCGAGGUCAUCACCUCCAAGGAGAAGGAGAUCACCGUCACCAAAGCCAACGGCGAGACCAGCGUCGGCACCGUCCGCAUCUGGAACGAGACCGUCUCCAACCUGACGUUGAUGGCGUUGGGUUCCUCGGCUCCCGAGAUCCUCCUCUCCGUCAUCGAGGUGUGCGGACACAACUUCCAGGCGGGAGAAUUGGGUCCCGGUACCAUCGUGGGGAGCGCGGCCUUCAACAUGUUCGUGGUGAUCGCCGUCUGCGUCUACGUCGUCCCCAGCGGCGAGAGCCGUCGGAUCAAGCACCUGCGGGUCUUCUUCGUGACGGCGUCCUGGAGCAUCUUCGCCUACGUUUGGCUCUACCUCAUCCUGGCCGUCAUCUCGCCGGGAGUGGUGCAGGUUUGGGAAGCGCUCCUCACCCUCGUCUUCUUCCCGGUGUGCGUGGUGGCGGCGUGGGCGGCCGACAAACGCCUCCUCUUCUACAAGUACGUCUACAAGCGUUACCGCGCCGACCCGCGCAGCGGCAUCAUCAUCGGCGCCGAGGCCGAGCUCCCCAAGGGCAUCGAGAUGGACGGCGGCUUCCCGGAGGCCGAAACCGGCGGGAUGACACCGGCACCCGAGGAGAAGGAGUUGGAUGAAAGCCGGCGGGAAGUGAUCCAAAUCCUGAAGGAUCUGAAACAGAAACACCCGGAGAAGGAGUUGGAGCAACUGGUGGACGUGGCCAACUACUACGCGUUGCUCCACCAACAGAAGAGCCGGGCGUUCUACCGCAUCCAGGCCACGCGGUUGAUGACCGGCGCCGGCAACGUCCUGAAAAAACACGCGGCCGAGUUUUCCAAGAGAUCUUCCGCCCUCUCGGAAGCGCCGUCGGAGGCGGAGGAAGAACGUUGUAGCCGGAUUUUCUUCGAGCCGUGCCUCUACCAUUGCUUGGAGAACUGCGGGUCGGUGAGGCUGUCGGUGGCGUGCCGGCACGGCGCCGAGGCCAACCACACCUUCUACGUGGACUACAAGGCGGAGGACGGUUCGGCCAAAGCGGGGUCGGACUACGAGUACAGCGAAGGGACGUUGAUCUUCAAGCCGGGGGAGACGGAGAAGGAGUUGACCAUCGGCAUCAUCGACGACGACAUUUUUGAGGAGGACGAGCACUUCUUCGUGCGUCUCCUCAACCUACGGGCGGGCGACGCCGAGGGAAUGUUCGAGGGCGAGUCGGCCGAGCGGCCGGCCGGCCGGUUGGUAGCCCCGGCGGUGGCCACGGUGACCAUCUUGGACGAUGACCACGCCGGUAUCUUCGGGUUUCGGGAAAGGGCGUUGAGGGUCAGCGAGUGCCAAGGGACGGCGGAGGUGACG